UUUUUUUUUAAUACUUUUGGGCUGUAUAAACUAUGACGGGCCGAGCCCAGUUCAUUAACUUACGGACUACGUCAACGCGGGGUGGUUUUGACUUAACCUGGACUUUAUGACAUGGAGUUCAAAGAUGAGAAGCAUCCUACUCAACGUUUCUUAUUGUUGACACGUGUCUUAUAUGCUUUUGGAGGAAAAUUCCUCUAAAUGAGCCCUUUUGUUAACACUAGGUAGCCUUCCAUUAUAUCUCUACAUACGGCACAUUGUGGACAAUAUUAUCCUCAAGAACUUUUUUUUUUGCAAUGAUUAUCCCCUCAAGGAUUAAAGUCGUCCAACAAUAUUAAUGGCUAAACAAGAGUCGUCCUUACUAGAACUCUCAAUUUAAUUUGACUUAGUCAACAGACAAGUUUUUGGUGGCAAAAACGCUACAAAUUUGCGCAUGAAUAGAGUUGGGUUCCGAGCAAGUUCCUUUCAUUGUAGCCGUCUCAAAGUCCACCCAGUAGUCAGUCUCCUCUGUCACUUGCUGACUUUUAUGGAACCAUAACGACUAAACCUAUGCUAAUAAUUAUUAAUUUUAUUAUUUUAACAAGACUAAUAAUAUAUCACCUUCUUCCCCUCUCUGUCUCUGGUUUACGUUUAGAAUGGAGUUUUGGCUCAAUAUGGACAACGUUCAUCAAGCUUCUCAAAUGGAAUAUCUUCGUUAAUGGCGCUUGUUGUCUAAAUACUUCAAUUAUUGCUUUUUAUUUCGUGCGCUGUUUUUUUUUUUUUUUUGGAGGUAGUCGGCAAUGGCAGCCAUUUUCAGAAAAUUGCGUCCAACAGCCACUUCUUCAGUUCCCGUUCACGAGGAAGAAGAUACUUUUAACGUUGAAUACUCUAUAGCCUUGGAAUAUCAUGGCCCUCCCGUAACUUACAAUAUUCCACACGCUGCCCCCGUUGACUUUGACCACAUCCCAACAGCCGCAGCGGCCACCGUGGUCGCUUCGGCCUCUCUGCUCAACGAUUCUUCAGUCCCGGUAAUUCAACCAAUCAUGAAAAGGAAGGCGGAGACUCGACCUGAAGCGGUGACGCAAGCUGUGAUUCGUUCAAACUCAAACAAAGACCCAAGGUUAACAGAGAGUAGUCUCAGAUUUUCUGGCAACCUACAAAUAUCCGAUGACAUUCUCGGCGCUGGAGAGGAAGCUAAUGAAGGUUUUGAGGAUUACAUGAACCCCACGAACUGGGAAUCGACGGAAUCUGGUUUAAGCUCGCGGAGUCUCUCGUCUGAGGUUUUCUCUCACAAGGCGGAAGACGAAGACUGCGGAGGUGAGACUCCUCACCAUGUGAGAAGGAUUUCAGUGGUGACGUUCCGCGAUCCGGACUCGAACGACGUCGUUGAGAAUACAGAGUGGAGUGAGUAUGGUGAGGUUCAGGCUGUGGAACAGAGGCCUGUAGCCGUGAGAACAGGGAAAAAGGGGUCCUGUUAUAGAUGCCAUACAGGGAAUCGAUUCACUGAGAAAGAGGUUUGCAUUGUGUGUGGAGCUAAGUACUGUGCCAGUUGUGUGCUCAGAGCUAUGGGGUCAAUGCCUGAAGGAAGAAAAUGCGUUACCUGUAUUGGUUAUAGGAUUGAUGAAUCAAGAAGAUGGACACUGGGAAAGCGUUCAAGGUUGCUUAAGAGAUUACUCACUGAUUUAGAGGUAGAGCAGAUAAUGAAAUCGGAGUUGUUGAGUAAAGCCAAUCAGCUUCCUUCAAAUUUGGUCUUUGUUAAUGGCGAGCCUCUUAGUCAAGAAGAGUUGGUUCGGUUGCAGAGUUGCUCAAACCCACCAAGAAAGUUAAAACCCGGUUCUUAUUGGUACGAUAAUGUGUCAGGCUUUUGGGGAAAGCAAGGACGAGUGUAUAACCAAAUUAUUAGUCCCCAGCUUAACAUUGGGGGUCAUAUUAACAAAAAUGCUAGCAAUGGGAACACCAAUAUUAUGAUAAACAAUAGAGAGAUUACCAAAAUAGAGCGCCGAAUACUGCAGUUGGCAGGUGUGCCUUGUGAGGGAAAUAUUCACUAUUGGGUAGACCGAGAUGGGUCCUAUCAAGAAGAAGGAAUGAACAAUGUCCUAGGCAAAAUAUGGGAUAAAGUUACAGUCAAGAUAGCUUGUGCUGUCUUGUCUUUGCCAAUUCCUUCUGAUCCUUCUAACUCAUCAACGGAAGAAAAGGACACCGCUCUCACAACACCAAAUCAGUUUGAGGAGAAAAUAGUUUACAAGUUUCUAUUAGUGGGUUCUGAUCGGAGUGGAACAAGUACAAUAUUUAAACAGGCUAAGCUUCUGUACAAUGUUCCAUUCACUGAAGACGAAAGGCAAAGCAUUAAAUGGAUGAUUCAAGCCAAGUUGUACAGCUAUCUUGGCAUACUGCUAGAGGGACGAGACAGAUUCGAAGAGGAAUGUUUGUUUGAGAUGGAAAAGGACAAGCUCAAUCAACCCGGUCCUUCAGAGGUUACAGGGGAGACUGAGCAAACUACCAUCUAUUCAAUUGGCAAACGAUUGAAAGCUUUCUCAGAUUGGCUGCUUAAAGUGAUGGCUUCAGGUAAUUUGGACGCCAUAUUUCCAGCUGCUACUCGUGAAUAUGCACAGUUCGUUGAGGAUCUGUGGAAUGACCCAGCCAUUCAAGAAACAUACAACCGAAGAAAUGAACUCGAAAUGCUUCCCCAAAAUGCUUCAUAUUUCCUAAACCGGGCUGCUGAGAUUUCAAGAGCAGAUUACACUCCCUCUGACAUGGAUAUCUUGUAUGCUGAGGGAAUGACCCCAUCCAACGGUGUUGCUUCGGUAGAGUUUUCAUGUCAAAAGAUGGAGCAAGAGAGCAUGGUGGACGGUCUUUCACAUAGUGAUCCCACGAUGAGGUGCCAACUCAUAAGAGUUCAUCCAAAAAGCUUGGGAGAAAACUGCAAGUGGCUGCAGAUGUUUGAAGACGUAGACAUAGUGCUGUUCUGCAUUUCUCUAUCGGACUACGAUGAGUUUGUAGAUGAUGGAAAUGGAGACCUGGUUAACAAGAUGAUGGCGAGCAAGCACCUCUUCGAAAGCAUAGUAACUCACCCGUCAUUUGAGAAGAAAGAAUUCCUUCUACUACUCAACAAGUAUGAUCUGCUAGAGGAGAAGAUUGAGUGUGCCACGAUUUGCCCACUUUCCACCUGCGAAUGGUUUCAGGACUUCCAGCCAGUGACCAGCUCCAAUCCUAGCAGCAGCAGCAGCAGCAACACUAACACUAAUAACACCACUUUGGCUCACAGAGCAUUUCAGUAUGUUGCCAUGAAGUUCAAAACAUUGUUCCAUUCUUUGACUGAUAGAAAGCUCUUUGUCUCUUUAAUUAAUGGAUUGGAGUACGAUACUGUAGAUGAAGCUCUUAGAUAUGGUGGCGAGAUUCUCAAAUGGGUUGAAGAAAAACCAAAAUUGCUUGCUGAUCAGCAGAUUUCUUCUACUAGCAUUGAGGCUAGUUCUUCCUCAUAACUCGUAAGGUUUUUAUAUUUUUGGGAUCAUCAACGUAGAUAUAUUGUAAUACAAAUUUCUUUUGUAUAUAUAUACAAGGGCAGGCUAAUGCAUAUGCCAAUGUGGAUGGAGCACAAGAUGAGAAAGAUAGUUUUUUUAUUUUUUAUUUUCACGGUUCAUCUUUUUUAUAAAUAUAUGUGUAAAAUUACUCUGUAGUUGUUAAUUUUUUGGAAGCA